AUGGCCGGCUGCGAGGCUCCCACGGAGAUCGCCGACCGCAAGUGUGGCCGCAAAAAGACCUACUACCACCUCCACUUGGAGGGCUGGACAGAUAGCUAUCGAGCUCAGUGGUCUCGGCUUCAAGAAGACUACCCUGACACUGCAGUGGAGAUUGUGGGCAGCAUGGGCUACCACGGUUUGAGCGGUCAAUACAUCUCUCGAGAAAUCAUUGAGACGGCCUAUGCACAAGAGGGUUUACCCUUGCAGUUCUACCGUGCUCACAAUGUUUCCUGGUCAAACCCUGCAAAAUAUUUUGACAAUAUCAGUGCCUUCAAUGCAACGAGCCUCAAACGCUGCAACGAAACCCGCUUGAUGGAGACCAAAGCCAUGGAGGACUAUCUUUGGGUCACUGGAGACUGGGAUGGCGUUGACAACACUUCGGGAAAGCUGGUUGGCAGGUGCUUCUCAGAACACUUCUGGUUUGCGCCAAGCUGCCGCGCUGACCCUUUGGCGUGCUAUCCAUACAUCAAUGCCGGUCCAGGCUAUGAAUACGAGCAUUGGAUGCAAAGAUCCACCAUGUUUAACAUCCCGCUGGUGAUCGUGGUAGCGAAGCUCUGGAGCGAUUUCACAACAUUGCCCACCCAGGUGAAAUCUUCCUUCUACUGGUGGCAGCCUGACCCUACCUUUCUAUCGCUUGAUGCAGUUCGUACGGUUUUUGAACCCUUUGAUCGUGCAGCUCAAGGGCGUGGAAUUCUUCUAACUGGCUUCGAAGCAACCUCUGUGGAUAAAUAUGCCAGUUUUGACUUGAAAUCUUUAGCGCCCACAGUGUACGAGCUGUUGAGCGCUUUCAGCUUGGACCUGAACCUGGUGAACGAGUUGAUGACGGAUCAAAUGGAUUCUGGUGACACACCAGAUGUGGUGGCUUGCAGAUGGCUGAAAGCAAAUAAGGCCAUCUCGGAGCGGUGGCUACCUGAUCCAACAGAAUGUUAUCCACAGUUUGGUCUCUACAAUGAGAAAACCGAAGAGUUUGUUGAAGAUAGGGAAGAUCCCAGCCGCUUGACCUGUCGAGCUUGCAAUUCAGGGUUCUAUUCAAGUCGUCUCAAAGAUGGCUCUGGCGUGACGCACGUCUGCAAGCCUUGCCCUACCGGGACGGCGCAGCCUUCUGCUGCCUCCUUAAAUUGCCAACCCUGCCAAAAGGGAGAGUAUCAAGAUUUGACCGCCAGCAAAAGCUGCAAACGCUGUGACCAAGGAACAUAUCAAGAUACACAGGGGAACAGUCAAUGCAAGGAGUGCCCCGCAGACACAACAACACUUGGAUUGGGAUCUGCUGCCCUCAUGGAGUGUGGCUGUAAAGCUGGACGUAUCAACAUCGCAAAUGAAAGUGAAGCGGUGGUAUGCACCCCAUGCGAAGAGGGCUUGUCUUGUCCUUUCUCUUCUUCUGUGCAAUCACUGAAGACUGGUCAAGCGCCACUGGGUCCAGACUACCAGCCAGCUUUGCAUCCAGGUUUCCACAGCACCAUGAAUGCCCCUUUGGUGGUCUUCAAGUGCAUCGAGGAGGGGUUCUGCCCGGGUGGAAUACCCGAAGUUUGCAGAGGAGGUCGUGUGGGACAAAAUUGCGCAGUAUGUCCUCCAGGAGCCCUGGGAAUCAGCACUUAG